AUGGGUGGCAAGAGUGGGCAGCCUGGCAUGGACACUGCUACAUCCCUCGCUGAGGAUCGCCUCUUUGGCUUUGUGGAGCUGCCCAGAAGACCCACAGGCCGGCUCAUCAUGCACAGCAUGGCCAUGUUCGGCCGGGAGUUCUGCUACGCGGUGGAGGCAGCCUACGUGACCCCUGUCCUGCUCAGCGUGGGCCUGCCCAAGAGCCUGUACAGCAUGGUGUGGCUCCUUAGCCCCAUCCUGGGUUUCCUGCUGCAGCCCGUGGUGGGGUCGGCCAGCGACUACUGCCGGGCUGGGUGGGGCCGGCGCAGGCCCUACAUCCUCAGUCUGGGCAUCAUGAUGCUCUUGGGCAUGGCUCUGUACCUCAACGGGGACACCAUGAUAUCAGCCGUGGUUGCUGACCCAAGGAGGAAGCUGAUUUGGGCCAUAACCAUCACCAUGAUAGGUGUGGUUCUCUUUGAUUUUGCUGCCGACUUCAUUGAUGGGCCCAUCAAAGCCUACUUAUUUGACGUCUGCUCUCAUCAGGACAAGGAGAGGGGCCUCCACUACCAUGCCCUCUUCACAGGCUUUGGAGGUGCCCUGGGCUACCUUUUGGGUGCCAUCGACUGGGCCAGCCUGAAACUGGGAAGAGUGCUGGGCACAGAAUUCCAGGUCAUGUUCUUCUUCUCCGCCUUGGUCCUCAUUUUGUGUUUCAUUAUUCAUCUGUGCAGUAUCCCUGAAGCCCCACUUAGAGAUGUUGCAAAGGACAGCCUUCCGCCGCUGCAAGCCCCCCAGAACCCUCCAUUGUCAUCAGACAGAAUGUAUGAGUAUGGGUCUAUAGAGAAGGUUCAAAAUGGCUAUGUAAACCCAGAGCUGGCGAUGCAGGGAGGAAAAACCAAAAAUCCUGCUGAACAGACUCAGAGAACAAUGACCAUGAAGUCACUGCUGAGGGCACUGGUGAGUAUGCCUCCCCACUACCGCUGCCUUUGCAUCAGCCACCUCAUUGGAUGGACCGCCUUCCUAUCCAACAUGCUGUUUUUCACAGAUUUCAUGGGCCAGAUUGUGUACCAUGGGAAUCCCUACAGUGCGCACAACUCCACAGAGUUUCUCAUCUACGAAAGGGGGGUCGAGGUUGGGUGUUGGGGCUUGUGCAUCAAUGCUGUGUUCUCCUCACUCUAUUCUUACUUCCAGAAAGCUUUGGUGUCCUACAUUGGACUGAAGGGUCUGUACUUCAUGGGGUAUUUGCUGUUCGGCCUGGGGACGGGACUCAUCGGGCUCUUCCCGAAUGUCCACUCCACCCUGGUGCUGUGUGCGUCAUUCGGCGUGAUGUCCAGCACCCUGUACACUGUGCCCUUUAACCUCAUGGCCGAGUACCACCGCGAGGAGCAGGAGGAGCAGAAGAAGCAGGCCCAGGCAGGCGGCCCGGACAGCAGCGGACGAGGGCAGGGCCUGGACUGCGCCACCCUCACCUGCAUGGUACAGCUGGCUCAGAUCCUGGUCGGAGGAGGCCUGGGCUUCCUGGUCAACAUGGCCGGCAGCGUUGCCGUCGUGGUGCUCACGGCCUCUUUGGCAGCACUGAUUGGCUGUUGCUUUGUGGCUGUCUUUGUGAGAUAUGUGGACUAGGUCAAUAAAGAGACAUUGUCCCUAA